AAACGCGCAUGAAUCGCCUGCCCCGCCAAGUCCUCGCCGCCGCGACGCGCUCAAGGCCACGGGCCGCGCGUACAGCGCAGGCACUUCUUACCCGGUGCAACAGCUCCACCAGCGGAGGGAGCAGUAACGGUAGCAGCGACAAGGACCUCUCGAUCGAGGACCGACAGCGGGCCGUCGCGGACUUGCUGGAGAAGGCAAAGAGGGUGUACGGGUCGCGGCCUCCAGCAGAACGUGAGCAGGUGGAGGCGGAGGGGAAGGCGUACGAUACGACGCAACCUCCACGGAGAAGAGAUGAGGAGGAGCCUGCGCUCUAUGGCCCCACAGAGGCAAAGGCGAAGCUGCACUCUUUGGUUCUGACGGAUCCCCUUUUCGACGACCCAUUGCGGGACGUGCUCGCCGACCUCGCCUUCGAUGCCGCUUUUGCACACCGCAAGGCUAGUAUGGAAGCCAAUGGCAUGCCCGUCAACGUCGACAUCCUCCGCACGCACCUCCUCACGGACGGUUUCUCCGAAGUGCGCGCCAUGGCUCGGCAAGUCAAGGCCGGCAAGCUGGAUCCUGCAUUAGGUGUCAAGGCAGCAGACAAGCUCUCGGACCCUGCCACCCCCCUGGGCAAUCCAGAGGAAGAGCUCAUGACCAAGCUCGAGACUCCCGCUGUUCAGCGCAAGUUGCAGCACCUCGACCAGAAGGCGAAGCGCAAGCUGCACGAUAUCCUCACUCGCGUUCCGACCCUCGGCGGUGCGAACGUUGAGGCUUUGCGAGAAGCAUCAGCCUUCUUGCACGAGAUUGGCGUGCGCUUCGAGUACUCGACACGCCCGGCGCAGACUCCGAUCGGGGAGGAGUCGGUGUCGUUCGACAAGGUCGACAUUGACUGGACCACGGAGAAGGAGAUCAUUCUGCGUCAGAGGGAAAAGGAGCUUGCCGAGCGGGCUGCUCGGCGCGCAAAGGAGGAGGCCGAGUACGACCCCACGCGUACCAUCACCGUCAAGGAUGGUGAGUCAUUCCUCGCGGAGCCUCCGAACUUUGCCAACGGAACACCCAGAAAUGGGGCACACCUUCGUUCAGCAGUACGGCGUCGAGCCCUACCCCGAUCUCAUGACCGCGG